AGAGCAUAGGGAGAGAGACUGGGUGCAAAGAAGAGGAAGGGUCUGCAAGAGGGAGAGAGAGGAGGGGAGGGUGAAGGAAGGACUGACUGACAGGCAGACAGGCAGAGGGAUCCUACCAAGGGCAGGGGGGCUGCAUACCAACCUGCAGGGGCUAGAGGACCAGGAGAGGAAGCAGGUGCUGAGCAGUGACUCUGCAGACAUGGAAGGAGCUUCAUUUGGAGCUGGCAGAGCAGGAGCAGGCUUUGAUCCUAUAGAAUUCCUGAAGCAACCCCAGACCAUCCUGAGGAUAGCAUCCUGGGUUUUCUCCGUGGUCGUCUUUGGCUCUAUAGUAAAUGAAGGUUAUAUAAACAUCGACAGCCCGCAGCUGCACUGUGUCUACAACAGAAAUGAAGACGCUUGUAACUACGCUAUCUCUGUCGGGAUCAUCGCCUUUUUCGCCUGCGUGUUCUUCAUCAUUCUGGACAUUAAUUUUCCCCAAAUCAGCAGCGUCAAGGACAGGAAAAAAGCGGUCAUUCUGGAUAUGGGCUUCUCAGGGCUGUGGAGCUUCCUCUGGUUUGUGUGCUUCUGCUUCUUGGCCAACCAAUGGCAAAGGACACCUAAAGUGCCGGCAGUAGACCAAGCGGCCGAUGCUGCGAGAGCCGCCAUUGCCUUCUCCUUCUUCUCCAUUAUCUCCUGGGCUUGUAUGGCUCUGAAAGCUUUCCAGAGAUUCCGCCUAGGAACUGAUAUGUCCCUGUUUGCCACGGACAACUUCGCCCCUGGACCCAACGCCGGAUACCCGGGCUACCCCACAGGCAGCGGUAUUGAAACUACAGAAACCUAUCAAAGUCCUCCUUUCACCGAGAACGCAGACGUCAGCCCCAAGGGAUACCAAGCACCCUCGUACUGAUGGAGACGGGUGGACCCCGGAUGUUUGGAUGCAGAUAUAACAAGUGUACUGAUACAGUGCAGAGCAUCGAGUGACUACCGUAUCCUGCUGUACAUUCUAGAUGUGAUUACCGGAAUGAUCCCCGUAGUUAGAUGUACAGUGCACUCUGUACUGUGACAAUGAUUGCUUGUUUGUGAUCACUUCAAAAAGGUUUUCCUGUUUUUGCUUUUUUUUUUUACUUUUAACUUUUUUUAAUUUUAUUUACAAGGUGUUCCCUCUAAGGUAGGCCUCUACUCGUUAUUGGACUACAGCUAAUAGCAGAGGACAAAGGGGGUUAACAGUUCAAUAAAACCAACUCAAGAGGUCUAACCUGGCACCCCUCUUAAAGUGAAUCUGUCAGACGUCUGAUUUGAAGGCAGCAGUGGAUAGAGGAAGUGAUGCUGAACUCGGGGAUAUAUAGUUUUCUAUAGUUUCAUUUACAAUUUUCAUGUAAAACGCUGCCUAAAUGCUGCCUGCUUCUGAGCCUGUGAGUCCUACUUACUCCGCCCACACAGAAGUGAUUGACAGACCAAUCACUGUGCGUGGGCGGGGGGAAGCAGGACUCACAGGCUCAGAAGCAGGCAGCAUUUAGGCAGCGUUUUACAUGAAAAUUGUAAAUGAAACCAUAGAAAAUUAUAUAUCCCCGAGUUCAGCAUCUCUUCCUCUAUCUGAUGAUACUCUCAGAUAGGAGAUCUGGCAGCUUCCCUUUAAAAAGGCACAUACUAUCCAGAAGGACACUAGAUAGUUGUAUUUACUUUUAUGUCAUAUAGGAUAAUUUUAUAUAACCUGAUCUGAUCUAUACACAGUGGGCAAAACAGAGUAGAAUAUUAGUAUAAGUCGUUUUUAUCAUCAUUCAUACACUCAGGUUUUUGUAUUAUAUCAGAACAUUCGGCUUCUGAGAAUAUUCCUCCUGUAACAGGGAUAAUGCUGUGACAGCUCCUAACGUAAUAUGGCAGACUUUGGACAAUCCUUUUCCCCCAAACCAUAAGCUGAGACCCCCCCUAGUGACUACCUGUAGUCUGUGGGAAAACCUAUGAUCAACUAUUGAAUUACCCUACAGUGCCACCCCAGGAGAAAUGAAGUAUUACAUCCCAUUUCUCUUUAAUGGACAUAGUGGGUCCUCCAGAGAGAUGUUUUAUAUAGUCACUCUCCUCUCUGGCUACUAGAUGAGGUUUCUGAAUAGCGGGGCACCCCCACCCUAUCUAUGGAUAUUCGAAAAAUAAUUUUUGUAAACCAGACACCCCUUUCACUAGAAGUGAGGAAAGACAAUGUGGCGCCCUCAGCGGGAAGAGUGGAAUAUGCCAUUAUCGGGAAAGGAGACACGUGGCAACAUUUUUGGGAAGAAAUCAAUGACAUUUUUUGAAAGGGGGAUGAGAUUAUUAAAAGACAAAAAUAAAAUGAAAAAAUAUUUUGGUGCUUGGUGGGACGGGAGGUGGUAUGCUGACGGCAAAAUUAUCCAAAGACCUAUCCAAGCAAGCAAUAGGAUGUAACCCAGGCGACCUGUCAGAUUUCUAGGAGCUGCUGACAUCAUUGAGGCGUGCUAUACAGUGUGACACAUACCUCGAUGAUGUCAUUGGUUUACCGAUACUGGUGUUUCAGGCUGUGAAAUCUAUUGUAGAAAUUGUAAUCAAUAACCCAGACAGUGCUGGACAGAAUGAGAUGCUGAAAUCUCCCACGAAACAAUGGUCACAAAUUUUUGACUGUCGAAAAAUUAGGAAGUGGCCCAUAAAAGUAUUCUACAUAACCCUAACCAUGUUUUAGCAAGGAGCACGACUGCGCAAUCUUGUGACCAGUUUUGACUUUGCACGUAGUUAAAAGAAACCAUUGCUUUCCUAAAUUGAUCCAAUUACUCCAGAGCUGCAUUCUCAAUUCUGCUGACUUCAAGGCUGAAAUCUCCCAGAGUUCCUGGGAUAUAUGGUAAUCUGACGCAGGAAAAACUGUCCCCCAGGUGUUAAGGUGGGGAGUUUCAGAUGACAUGCUUGCUGACUGUUUCCAAUGGCAACCAGCAGAAUUGAGAAUGUAGCUCUAGAGUAUAAUAUAGACAAUAUGUAGCAGUCUAUACUAAUGAAUGUGUAAUGUUGCCAAGCAACGGGAAGCUGGCAGGGGCACCCAUAUCACCAGGAGCAUGCUGUCCCAGGGUUUAGGGGUAAAAAUUGACCCUUUGUAGUCCUAUGCAGCCUUAUGGAAACAUGUAGCAAACUAUAGCUAGCAAUAUAUUAUUCAAGGAGAGCUUCUUAGAGGGAACACUGGAUGUUGUCACCAUGCGGUUAUUCAUUUUAAAGGGGUUGUAGGAGGUUAGAAAAACAUGGCUGCUUUUUUUUUUCCAGAAACAGCACUGCUCUUGCCCAUAGGCCGUGUCUGUGCUGCAGUAUCCACAUGAAUGGGCUGCAAUACCAGACAUGGCCUAUAGGCAAGGGUGGCACUGUCUCUAUGGGAAAAAAAACAUUAGACAACCCCUUUAACAGCCUCAAUAUGAAAACCAGUCUGUUGAAAUUUAGUUUAUGUGCCUGUCGGAUGACGUGUGUCCAGUGCAUGGUGUCGCCCUUUCUAGCUAAAUGUAUCAUUGUAGAAACAGCUGAAUCUGGAAGCACAAAUAAACCUUCCAACCAUAGAGAGGAGGACCCCCAAAGUGGAAAAUUUCCCUUAACAGUCACAGCCUUUACCUGCAGCCACCACUAGAGGGAGCGCAAUGCUUACAGAUUGAGUUCAGUACCAGCUGUAGAAAUCCACAGGCAGUGGGCUCCCCCUAGUGGUGACAGCACGCAUGCGAAAAAUAUAAACGACAUUCAUGCAAUUCCUAGUAAAACCAUUGGGAGGCGCUCUGCAGGCAGAAAUCGGCGCGGAAAAUGUGCCAAAAUCUAAAUGAAUUUUUCCGCCGCCCUUAAUCUUUAGGACCCUGAUGCAAAUUCUAUAGCAGAGACGUCCUCUCAUGUUAAGGUGCACUUUGGGACCUUAUAGCCUACAGGUCGUGGUGCGACUACUACUCCUGCCCUCCUCAUUGAUGGGGAGAAAUGGCUGACACAAGGGCGGAAGAACAGAACGGACCUAAGGAGGUUCCCUUACUUCAUAGCUCUCUAUUCUAAUGCUAGUCUAUUUUUAUAGCAUUGGGAUUAUUUUUUCUUGUAAUAUUUUUUUUUGCAAAACUACAACUCCCAUCCUGCCCUGACGUAUUUUGAUCGGUUUAUCGCCAUUGAGGUAAGAGGCUUAUCGCGCCUCAUGUCUCAGUGAUGGCACUAGCUCCCGAUGUCCCGCCACAGGUAGGUCACAAUCUGGCCGGAUGAGUAGCCUCGCCACUGUUUUUUUUUUUUUUUCUCGGCACAGUUAUUAUACUCACGGUUGCCGGUCGCCACAUACGCAUCGCCAUUUCCGUAUUGGAAAAAAAACGGUUCACAAACGCGUCAGUUCUACAGUGUGGUCUGUGUGUGUCUGGACAAGUGUGACAUGUUUACAGCUAUCUGUAUAUAUCGUAUCUCCUGAAAGAACAAUCUGUGAUUGUGCGUUUUCAGUAGCGUCUCGUGUCGGAAAUGUAACUUGUUUUCUGUACAUUAUGAAAUAUUAUAAAGAGAAGAUUAAAUGGAA